CUAAAGCUAACAGUCACGUUCAUACGUCCUUCUGGCUUGCCGCGAGCGCGUUUUGCCCUCUUGCACCACAAACCCUUCUCCACUGCUCUUCCCGUCUGUGAUGAGCUUGCGUGGCCUGCCGACAGUCCAGAGCAGUCAGCGCGCAACAAGGCGGUGUGCUGCUCAGGUGGCGUCCUCCGUGCGGCGUGCUCUGCCGCGCCUGCUGUCGCCGGCGUCCGUCUGCGCCAAGCUCGGCGGCACCCGGGGUUUUGGUAACCUCACCGCCGGCACCAACGCCGCCAGCGGCUCGCUAGCCUCCGCCGCCUCCGCCACCACCGCCUCCACCUCCACCUCCACUCCAACCAUGGCUGCUCCCCCCAGCCCCGCCGGCUGCCCCAAGCUGGCCGGCCUGCGCGCGGCCAUGGCUGCCGCGGACGGCGGCCGCGGCGUGUCGGCCUACCUGGUGCCCACCGAGGACCCACACAUGAGCGAGUACCCGCCCGCGCGCCUCAAGUACCGCGAGUGGAUCAGCAACUUCACGGGCACUGCCGGUACGGUGGUGGUCACCCAGGACGCGGCGCUGCUGUGGACCGACGGCCGCUACUUCCUGCAGGCCGCCACCGAGCUGGGUCCGGAGUGGACGCUCAUGAAGGCAGGCACGCCCGGCUGCCCCGACGGCGAGGAGAAGGUGCAUGCCGAGUUGCGGGCGCGCAUUGUUGGUUUCAUGGCAGACCACGAGGAGGAGUUCGCGCCGUUCGUGGAGGACGACGAGAGCUUCGGCUCCUACGUAGCUCGCAUGAAGAAGGACGGCACGUGGGCUGGCUACAUGGAGGUGGUGGCGGCGUCCCGGUGCUUGGGGGCCAACCUCACCAUCUACCAGGCGGGCCAGCCGCGUUGGCGAGUGGUGCACCACCCCGAGGACACCGCACCCAUGCUGCACCUAGCCUACUCGGACGGCCAGCACUACGACUCGGUGCGCUGUGCGGACGACUACGGACACGGCCCCGCGGCGCCCGUGGUCAUCCGGGGCGACGGCACUGUGCCGGCCCGGCCGCAGCGACCCGUGCGUGACGCCGGCUCGGAGCCCUGGGACGAGCGCGACGAGGCACGUGUGGCCGCCAGCACGGCCUGCCGCGACCUUGGGCUGGUGCGGGCGGCGCUGUCGGCGGCGGGCGGCGACGUGGAAGCAGCCGUGGAGAAGGUGAUUGAAAUGCUGGCGGAGCAGGCGGAGGCGGAGGAGGGGGCGGAGGAGGUGGGGGAGAAGGAGGAGAAGGAGGUGAAGGAGGAGGGGGCAGGGAAGGAGGCGGAGCCGGGGGGAGAGGGGGGCGUCAGCGACGUGGCAAGCAUAACGAAUGGGGCGGGAGAUGGGAGUGGAGGCGGAGGCGCAGGUGGAGGCGGGGGCGGAGGCAGCGGUGGGAACGGCGAGGCGGCCACAGGCGCUCGUCCACCUGAUGCUGAGCCCAAAGUUGGGAGAGGCGGCGAAAUGACGUCGGCAGGAGCAGCGGUGGCGGGAGCAGCGGCGGCGGAAGCGGCGGCGGCGGGGGAAGCGGCGGGGCCGGCACCGGCGCCGGCAGAGGCCCGAGUCCCGUCCACGGCUCUGCGGGAAACAGACGCAGACGCGGCUUCUGCUACAGCCGCAUCUGCAGCCGGAGCUGCAGUUGCCACGGCUACAGCCGCCACAGCUACAGCCGCCACGGCUACAGCCGACCCUGCGACGUCCGCCACGGCGCCCAGCUCUUCGACAACAGGGCCGGGCGGAGCCUCUGCCGACGCGACUGGCGGGGCCGGCGAGCCAGCACCUGGCGAAGCGAAGGGCGCGGGGCGGAAAGCGCCUGACUCGGCAAAGCGGCGCGGGAUUGUCGUCGGCAGUCGCAGCAGUAGCAGCAGCAGCAGCGCCGCCGCGGCCGGCUCCUCCUCGGCGCCCGCCAACAACAAGCGGUGUCCGUGUGGCAGCAAUAAGAAGUACAAGGCGUGCUGCGGACCGGCGGCGGCAGCGGCGGCGCGGCGAAAGGCGGCGGCGGGCGAGGUUGAGGUGGAGGCUGCGGCGGGUUUGGGCACGACGGUGGUGGCGCAGGUGGCAGCGCUGCUGGAGGACUGGCUGGUGUCCCACCUGCCCGAGGGCGCCCGGGUGGGCUGUGACCCCUGGGUCCACACCGUGUCGGGGGUGCGCGGCCUGCAGCGCAAGCUGGCAGAGGGAGGAAAGGGUCAGUCGCUGGUUCCGCUGCUGCAGGACGGAAACCUGGUGUCCAAGGUGGGUGGGUGGGUGGGUGGCCUGCGUGCCGGCCUUGAUGUGCCAGCCCUCCACCGGCUGUGGGGAGGGGGAGGGGUUUGAGGAGGGGUUC